GGAGGAGGAGGAGGAGGCCGAGGGGGUAACACGAGGGAGCUCGAUCAAACCCCGACGUGGGCCGUGGCCUCCGUGUGCGCCGUGAUCAUCCUCAUCUCCAUCUUGCUUGAGAAGGGCCUCCACCACAUUGGAAAGUGGUUUAGGGAGAGGCGCAAGAAGGCCAUGUUUGAAGCCCUAGAGAAGGUCAAAGCUGAAUUGAUGGUUCUUGGGUUCAUUUCGUUACUGCUGACGUUUGGACAGAAUUACAUUUCCAAAAUCUGCAUAACAGAGGAAGCCGCUGAUACUAUGUUGCCUUGUCGCCUUAAGCUCGAGACGCUUGAAGCAGAACAAGGCAAACAUCACCACCGAAGGGUAUUAGUCGAGGCUUCUGGCUCAAAAUGCCCUAAAGGGGAGGUAUCACUUGUUUCGAUCAAUGGACUUCAUCAGUUGCACAUAUUCAUAUUUUUCUUGGCAGUUUUUCAUGUGGUAUACAGUGCUAUUACGAUGGCAUUGGGAAGAGCAAAGAUUCGUGGAUGGAAGGAGUGGGAAAGCGAGACAGGAUCCCUAGACUAUGAGUUUUCAAACGAUCCUUCAAGAUUCAGAUUUACUCACGAGACAUCUUUUGUUAGACAACACACAAGUUCCUUGAACAAGAUCCCAGUGUCACUUUAUGUUAUUAGCUUUUUUAGACAAUUUUUCAGAUCAGUUCGCAAGGCUGAUUACUUGGCCAUGCGCCAUGGUUUCAUUACGGUUCAUUUAGCUCCAGGCAGUAAGUUCGACUUUCAAAAAUAUAUAAAAAGGUCACUUGAAGAUGACUUCAAAGUUGUCGUGGGAAUCAGUCCUAUUUUAUGGGCUUCUGCUGUCAUCUUUUUGCUUCUGAAUGUCAAGGGAUGGCAGACACUGUUCUGGAUAUCUGUUAUGCCCGUGGUUAUAAUCUUGGCUGUUGGAACAAAGCUUCAGGCCAUCAUCACACAAAUGGCCCUUGAGAUCAAAGAGAGACAUGCAGUUAUUCAGGGGAUUCCUCUCGUCCAACUCAGUGACCAUCAUUUUUGGUUUGGGCGUCCACAUUUUAUUAUGUUUCUCAUUCAUUUCACCCUAUUCCAGAAUGCUUUCCAAAUAAUUUAUUUCUUGUGGAUAUGGUAUGAGUUUGGGCUGAAGUCUUGCUUUCACGAGAACUUUAAUCUGAUCAUUGUGAGAGUUUGUCUCGGAGUGGGAGUUCAAUUUCUCUGCAGCUACAUUACUCUCCCUCUUUAUGCACUAGUAUCUCAGAUGGGUUCUCACAUGAAGAGGUCCAUCUUCGACGAGCAAACGUCCAAGGCCAUCAAGAAGUGGCACCAGGCCGUGAAGAAGAAGAAUCCAAAGGGGGACUCUGUUCAUUCCCCAUCUAACCAAUCACCAUCCACGAGCCCAAAGGCGAACCGGAGUUCAUCUCCGGUUCACCAACUCCACCGGUUCAAAUCUACGUCACACUCCUCAGGCAUCGCGAUGACCCCCUCAAGGCGGCGGCAUCAAUCUGACCAAGACAACUUGGAUGCAGAAAACGAGGCCCCGCCAUCGGUGCCUGUUGUGAAUGCCACCACCGACCUGCUUACCGGCCCGAUUGAUGAACACCAGCAUCAUGCAGGGGAGCACAAGAAGGAAGAUGAGUUCGCAUUCGUGAAGCUUGAUCUGUGACGGUGCGCAUACUAGUUAGUGUAGAGUGAUCUUAGAACUUUGAAAGUUGGGACACAUCCAUUCGGCGGAACUUAGAAUGCAGUGGGGAGGCCGAUGAACAACGAUCCGACAAGAACAACCAUUUUCAUUAUAAACUUCGAGUUAUGAACAGCGGAGGAUGAUCUUAAAUAUAACGGUAGAGUAUGCAUAUCGGCCCAAAAGUAACCUGCGAAUGCGGCGGAUCUUCUCGCAAUCCUGUGAAACCUAAUUCACAAUCUUUGUCGAUUGGUUUGGCUUCCAAAAAUUUUGAUUUUGUUGUUAUCUUCUGGUCAUAGAGUGCUUAUGCUCAAGUUUCUCUGAUUUACUUCAAUUGUCAGAGAUGUUGUUCAUGUAAUAUGAUUUUGUCUCAGUAUCAUUUUGUUGUUGUAUUUC